AUAUAAUAUUCAUAUCACGAGGUAAAAUAAAGAUAAUGUUCUCCGCUAAGUAAUUCGUUAAAUCGUAAAUAAGAUCGACAAACGUCAUUGUCUUUGCGAUGUUUCAAAUGCUCCCGCCGUAUUCUUAUCCAUAAAUAAACCAAUAGAACGCCACGUAUAGUACCAACCUAUAGAAAAAUGCCGGAGUGAUUACUCGCCGCGAUGUUGGCAGUAGUGUCGACCGUGGCAAAUGGUGGAUUGCGUUGCUUUUUCCCGUGCUCUGUGUAAAAUAUUUACGUAAAAUAGUGUUAAAUUCGCGGUGCAGUGUUUCUGACUAAUAGAAACAUGUCGGAAACACUGCCGAACAGCAAAAAACAAGUUGCGAGGCAACUGCGCGAACGCAAGCAGCGCAAGCUCUACUCAGAUGAAUGGGCCCUCGGAGAUGAUGAUGUGGAAGGUGGCCGAGGGUUCUCCCUCGCAGACAAGCUGGAGAGCCCCCGCUUCGAGCACCCUGGCUCCAUACAUGAGAUGUUCGGCACGGAGCUCACAGUGGCAUAUCUGCAGAAAAAUGGAUUCACAACUCCGCUGCUGUUUAAGGAGAAAACUGGACUGGGAUUAAGGGUGCCGACGAGCAACUUCACAGUGAACGAUGUGCGCAUGUGCGUGGGCUCGCGCCGCCUGCUCGACGUCAUGGACGUCAACACGCAGAAAAACAUCGAGAUGACUAUGAAGGACUGGCAGCGUUAUUACGACGACCCCAACAAGGAGCGCCUCCUGAACGUGAUUUCGCUCGAGUUCUCGCACACACGGCUCGAGAACUAUGUGCAGGCGCCGAGAGUCGUGCGCCUAAUCGACUGGGUGGAGGUUGUCUGGCCUCGUCAUCUUAAGGAUCAGCAGACUGAAUCAACAAACGCUCUAGACGACAUGAUGUACCCGAAGGUACAGAAAUACUGCCUCAUGUCAGUUAAAGGCUGCUACACAGACUUCCACAUUGACUUCGGAGGCACCUCCGUGUGGUAUCACAUUUUGAGAGGUGCUAAAGUGUUUUGGCUGAUCCCGCCCACUGAGAAGAAUCUGCAGCUGUACGAGAAGUGGGUGCUCUCUGGCAAGCAGUCAGACGUUUUCUUCGGAGACACGGUCGAGAAAUGUAUCCGCGUCCACCUGCAAGCGGGCCAUACAUUCUUCAUCCCGACCGGAUGGAUUCACGCCGUGUACACGCCGAGCGACUCGCUGGUGUUCGGCGGGAACUUCCUACACCAGUUCGGCAUCGAGAAGCAGCUCAAGAUCGCGCAAGUUGAGGACGUUACAAAGGUGCCGCAGAAGUUCCGGUACCCGUUCUUCACGGAGAUGCUGUGGUACGUGCUGGAGCGGUACGUGGGCGCGCUGCUGGGCCGCAGCCACCUCGCCGCGGAGGGCCCCCCGCCCCCGCCCCCGCCCCCGCCGUCGCCGCACAAGGACCACGUGCACCUCACGCAGAACGAGCUGCACGGCCUGAAGGCUAUAGUGAUGUACUUGCAUCAGUUACCAGCCGCUCGCAAGUCAGUGCCAGAGCUACUGGCCGACCCCAUAGCGUUGGUCAAGGAUGUCCGCACGUUGGUCGAGCAGCACAGACAUGACAAACAGCAUCUGGCUAUCACGGGCGUGCCGGUGUUGAAAGGUCCGGAUGAAGUGGUGACGGGCGAGCGGCGGCAGUCCAGCGGGCGGGGCGGGCGCGGGGGGCGGGGCGGCGCGCACCGGCCCCGCCCCGACCACGCCCACUCCGCGCCCCGCCGCCGCCGCACCAGAUGUAAGAAAUGCGAGGCCUGCCAGCGAACGGACUGCGGGGAAUGCGUGUUCUGCCACGACAUGGUCAAGUUCGGCGGGCUGGGCCGCGCCAAGCAGACCUGCAUCAUGCGACAGUGCUUACAGCCAAUGUUACCAGUGACAGCUUCAUGUGCCGUUUGUCAUCUCGAUGGCUGGAUGCAAACUCCAGUCGCGCCACAGGCUAAAGGCAAUUCGGGUCGCAACGGGCCGUCCUCCCUGCGCGAGUGCUCGGUGUGCUACAGCAUCGUGCACCCGGCCUGCGUGCCGCCCGGCGGACAGCUCAACGAGGACCUGCCCAACUCCUGGGAGUGCCCCACCUGCACCACCAUGGGGCUCAACCACGACUACAAGCCUCGUCAUUUCCGCGCGCGUCAGAAAUCUUCGGAUCUCAGGAGGAUGAGCGUCGGGUCAGAUGCCAGUCACAUAAGUCGCGAACACAGUAACCUGCAGAAUAAACUGCCGCCUCCGGGUCCAGUCAAAUCGGAGCCCAGUUCCGAUAACGAAGGGAAGAAUGACGUCCCACAUAUCAAGUCUGAAAGUGAAAUAAAACGGGAAGGGGAAGGUGGGGAGGGUGGCGCCGGGGAGAACGGGGGCGAGUGGGAGCCCUCGGCCAAGAAGCGGCGCCCGAGCGACGAGCAGGAGGCGCCCAAGAAGCAGGCGCUGCGGGCACAUCUCGCGCUGCAGCUCACGCACCACUCCGCUAAGCAAAUGAAGAAGCCCCUGUACCCGGUGCGACCGGCCCCGCCGGCAGGCGCGGGGCUAGCAUGGUCGGGGUCGUCGUGGUUGGACCGCAGCGCCAUGCUGUGCGUGUUCGCGCGCCUCACGCCCUCCGAGCUGGCCACGUGCGCGCUCGUCUGCAAGGCCUGGGCCGAGUAUUCCAUGGAUCCAUCUCUCUGGCGCAGCAUGUCGUUCGUGCAAGUGCGCGUGUCGGCCGCGCAGCUCGCCGGGAUCGCGCGCCGCCAGCCUCUGUCGCUGGGCCUGGAGUGGUGCCAUCUCGCUCGCCGCCAGCUGGCAUGGCUCCUAGCCCGGCUGCCGGCGCUGCGCUCGCUGUCCCUGGCGGGCUCCCCGGCCGAGGCGGCGCUCGCGCUGCGCUCCUCCACCUGUCCCCCUCUCACCUCGCUGGACCUCUCGUUCGCGCGCUGCCUCGACGACGCCAAGCUGCGCGGCGUGCUGGCGCCGCCCGAGAACUCGCGGCCCGGGGGAGGCAACCGCACCGGCGCCGAGCCCUCCCGCCUCGCCGCGCUCGCCGUGCUGCGGCUGCCGGGCACGGACAUCACGGACGUGGCCAUGAGAUAUGUCGUGCAGGCGCUACCGAAGUUAGUGGAAUUGGACGCGUCGUCUUGUGCGCGGCUCACGGACGCGGGCGCGGCGCAGCUGGCGCACCACGGCCUGCAGCGCCUGUCGCUGGGCGGCUGUCGGCUGCUCACCGAGGCCGCGCUGGACCAUCUAGCGCGCUGCCCCAACCUCAUCAGACUGGAUCUUCGACACGUCCCCCUCGUGUCAACCCAAGCGGUGAUCAAAUUCGCCGCCAAGUCCAAGCACAACCUGCACGUGCAGGACGUGAAGCUGGUGGAGCUGCGCAAGACCUGAUCCGAGGACACGCCGGGGGCAGCACCCGAGCCCCCCGCGCCCCCCGCGCCCCCCGCCCCCCACGCGCCCCACGCGCUCCCCGCGCCGGCUGACGGCUCAACUGACAGUGAUACCGGACGCUAGUGAUACUAACAGUAAAUAAAUAGCACGGGACGUUUGACAGUGCUGUUGACGGUUGACGGUUGAAACUCGCGCGUUGAAUACGGCAGCGGGUAUUCCUAUUUGAUUUUUAAACUGGUUCCUGUUUCUCGAAGGAUAUAAGACUUUAUUUAUCAGUCUAAUAUUAGUGUUUUGUCAAUCCAUACGAUUCGACUUUUCGUCGACUAAUUUUAUCUAAUACCAUUCGAAAAAUUAACCUCAGUUUGAUUCAAUAGAGGUUAAAUUCCCACAAAAAGCAUUAGUUCAAUAGAAUUAAUGGCUAACAUUUUUAUGAUGGUUCUUUAUGCUAUAAAUAAAAUACCCGUCACUUCUACUUAUAUGCAUGUUGUGAUACUAAUCGAUUACGAUUAGACGAUCUUAUCAAGGAGUUUUCUUGUGUGGAAUUCUGAUUCAGCGAGCAAGGCUGAUAGUAAUGGAUAUGUUAUUUAUAAAAUACCAUCAUACUCAUGCUGUGUAUUUUAUACUUAUAUGUAUUUUAUAUGUAUAUUACCACAUGGUAGUACCAGUACCUACACACAAGUUUAAAAUUGUAUUUUAGCUAUUUCGUUAUAAUCAAGAAAAGUGACAUUAAAUUAUAUAACAUGGGCGUUUUAAUUUCAUGGCAGCGUGGGCGAGUUAAUGUAACAAUUUUAAGGGAGACGCUCAAUUAAGGUUCAUAUAAAGGUUAUUAACGUUAACCUCUCAAAUGAACAUGGAUCCGCGCAGUAAGUAUUGAAUUCUAAUACAGUUCAAAACCUACUAGCGUGGGUCAGCAUUUCGGCAUUCGAGAGGUUAGUUAAUCAUUUCAGCUGAAUUUAACUUUAGCUUUAACUCGACAACGCUGCCAUGAAAUUAAAACGUUGUUACCGAUCACUAAACAUGAGCUAUUGCUGUUUUGGACUUUAGACAAAGAUAGAAUUAUCAGUGUCAUUUAAAACUAUCUCUUACAUGAAUUUUUAGUAAAAUCCAUCACAAUCAAAUUAGAUUUCAAUGAAACUGAGAAUUCAUUCAUCCAUCGUGCAUCCCGCUUUUUUAUGUCAUGUGGCAUAUUAUUUCCUUUUUUUCUAAAUUUUUUCUGUUUACACCACCACACCACAAUUCUGUAAUGGUGCGGCCAGACAUAUCGGGAUUCGGCGAAUAUUCGUGAUGGCGUCUCUUCCAUUUUCCUUGGGUAGCGAGAGACGCCCUCACGAAUAUUCGCCGAAUCCCGAUAUGUCUGGCCGCACCCUUAAAGAUGCAUGUGCACAACAUAUCAAAGGCGUGCUGCUAUUAACGCUGCGAGGCGUACGUUAGAUGUAAAUCAAACAAAGACUUGAUUUAAGCCUAUUUCGUAAUUCGAAGUGAUACGAUUUCUAAAUAAAUGAUAGAAAUAUUGUUUUAGAGGUUGUCAAGAUAGGAAUAGUGAAUGAUGUGGUUUUUGUAGCAGCUGUUUGAAAUUGGAGCGGAAAUUAAGCUUUAGUGUGAUUUUAGUUAGAAAAUUUAUUUCAUCACAUGCUCAUGCUCGCUCACACGCUAGCUUUUCCACGCUGGCGUUUAAGGGGUAAUACAUGAUAUUACUCCAAUUCCAGUCAUUUGGAAUCUUAUAUUUGAAGCAAGCAUCACAUCAAAUUAUUCACAAUUUUAGACAACUGCUAGAUAAAUGCACUGGGAUUCGUGUGUUUUAAUAGGAUUCUUAUAAAUAUGUAAUUAAAUCUUGGAGUUUGAUUUUUCCAAUUAUUUUAUUCUAUCUUUUGCAAUAUCAGUGCCAACAUAUAGGUAGUUUCUAUAUGAAUCAGCACAUAUUUCAUUGCACAAUCAAAUGACUAUAUUUAAAGUUGAACGAUAUUAAUUUUAUUACGUACUGUUGGAUUGGUAUCUAUUAUAUUUUAUUGUUGGUUUUAUGUUUGAUAAUGAUGGCCCUUAAUGUCGCAGGUUUUCAAUAAAUAAUUGAAUAAACCUUUGUACAAAGAUAAAGGUAACGAUAUAUAUUGAUAGUAUGUUGCCGGUUCAUAGCGUAACCAAGUUUCAACGCCUCCAUUUCUUAUAAAUUACCUACUGCAAACUUAGUUGCCCAUAUUUAUUAUAAAAUGUUAGAGCAAGCUAGCGAUAAUACGAAGAUCCUCGCUUGAUCUGCGAUUAAGUUUCGUAAAGGGCUGAAGAAUUUGAGUGAGCUAAAGGAGUAGCGAACCGUUAACGCUAACUUGUUUAACUUUUUAUGACUCGGAAUGCCAUUCAAACAUGUUAUAAAAUUAAUGAGGAAUAAUGCUUUAUUGAGAAGCUUUGAAACAUUGGUUAUCCACUGAAGCGGCAUACUCAAUACUUGUAUUCAAAUAUGGAUCUCUGAACUUCUUAUAAUGAUAGGAUUCCUUGAACAAUUGUUCGUUUAUUUUUCUUAUAUAUUGUUCCAGCAAUACUUACUUUUUGUAAAUAUUAAAAGUGAUUAUUUAUUUCGCACUCCUGAAAAGGAAUAAUUAUUUUAGGUUCAUGACAAUUCUAAGAGCUUGGGUUGUAUUUUUCUUAGUUCUAGUCGCUUUUUAGGUUUAAGCUAUUAUUAAUAGGUAUGUUUGACUGUGACCGAUUAUAUAACAUUUAUUGAUCAUAUCUUGAACUUUAGAGGCUACACAACAAAAUUACGCUUUACGUUUUCAUUGAACACUAACAAAAUAUUUCCGAAAUUUUGUAAAAUAAUGCUUGAAAAGUAACAAUAAAGCUGGUGCAAAUUAUACAAAUUUUUGACACGACGUAAUGAUUAGUUUUGUAUGUUAUGAUAUUAUCGUAAUAGUUAAUAAAAUUAGAUCAGAUUUUCAGUAUAAUGAACUUUGAGAACAACAGUGAAAAUUAUAUCAGUAUGUUAGUUUGUAAGGUCCGACUGCGGUCACAGCGUAAGGUCGGAGGGCCGCCUAUAGGUUUAGCAUAGAGAGGUAACUAUAAAUUACACUAUACUUGUCAAACUAGCAGAUUAUUCGUGUUAAUACAUUUCAGUAAAAAAUUACACAAAUAUACACACAUACACAUGAUACCACGGUUAGUUUAAUAGCACACACAAUUUAGCAUUUACGAAGUCAGACUGGACUCCAUUGUUUCGAGUCUUCUUCUAUACUCUUGAUAUAUUUUUGAAAACAACAACUAUAAAAGUGCCAAUAGUGUCUGUUGCUUUGACAAGUGUAUAUAUUUCGCUGAGUGUACAUAGGUAGCCUAAGUCGUUAUCGAGAAUAUCGAGUAACAUUUGUACUUGAAACCAUAGGCUCAUAAUUAAAAUACGGAGCUAGUAUCUAAGCAUUGUGUGCCUCUGUGUAUAGAGAAUUUAGUGAUAGACAAGAAUCGUUAAUAAAAUUAUAUAUACGGAAAAAAAUACAAUUAUUAUUCACAGAUAAAAAUUAUUGGUUAAAUAAAAUGGUGAAUAAUGAUUAUAUUACAAAGUCUACAUAAAUCUAGUUUUCUAAGAUGCCUUUAUGCGAGAGUUUUUAAAUCAAUUUGAAAGAUUUUUUUUUUUAUAUUUGACAGCUCGCAUGCAGGCCGUCGUUGGUUCCAGCGUGAUAUUAAACCAAUGGCUAGGUUAGUGUAGCGCCCGCACGGCGACGAGCAACAUGUAUCAUUGGUUACCAUAAGCACUCAUAGUAUUUGAAAUAAAUAUUUACAAUGAA